AUGGAAGACAACCCUGACUAUAGACCACAUGAAGUUGAGAGAUAUCCGGUUGAUUUGCCACGACAACAUCCGCGUCCAGGCAUUCUAGACAUUCGUUGCGAAUUCACCAGCAUUAAGGAGUUUUUCGGGGAAGAGCCACCUUUCAAUGAGCGGACUGUACUACGGUUCGCGGAAUAUGUCAGGGGUUACUAUCCUGAUCAUCAACCCACACAUGUCAUGGAUCGAGGCGGUCUAGCCCUGUACAUUUGGAUAGAUCGUAUGCCAACACCCGCGACCCAUCUCCAACAAACCUUCUUACGCUUGCCAUUUCUGGAGGAGGUGGAAAACCUUUCGAGAUUCGUGCUUCGACAUGCGAGAGCACAAAACGAGCAUCUGGAGGGUGAACGUACAAAUCGCUGUUCAGUUUGUGGAAGUCACUUAUUGGGCAUGCCUUUGGCGGAUCACAGCUACAUUCGGUGCCCCCUAGAUGCGUUGGAAGGAGAACGUCGACUGGAGUUCUUAGCUAUAAACCAUGCAGCAUUUUGUAGCAAGUGCAACAGCCGUUUUGCUAAACACACAGGUUGCACCGGACCAGUUUGCCACUCUUGUGAUCAAAGAGGUCACACAGCUGCUACUAGACUGUGCGAUUCACGACUCGGAAGGCUCACACCGGAAAGCCAACAAGAAUUACUCACCGUGGUCACUCAGCAUCGAAGAAACUAUCUACUUCACAUCCGAAACCUGACUAAUGAUAUUAACAAGCCACUGCGCUACCGUUCAUACACUGAUCAGGCUUACAUCUUUCUUGAAAGACGGGUGGAAGAUAGAUGGUUGAUCGAUGGAUGGGGAUUCUACCAUGAUGACGCCGGUGAAUUUCCACAACCAGCUAUGCAAAGAUACUCGAAUCAUCCGCAUCGUUCUGUUCGCUACAAAGGACUGGUCCCACCUGAGUACCAUUCUCAGGCGGUGAACCCGAUCCCAACAUUUCCGCCACAUGAAGUUGAGUAUCUGCAAGCUGUGCAUGAGGUUAUCAUUGAGUUUCAUCGCUCUGGAGAGCUUCACAUGGAGCGAAUUCUUCCGAAUGCCGCAAUCGCAGACGAACCAGUUGCCAUCCCAGUUGAGGUUGAUCCACCACCCGCGGUUAUUGUUGAAGAGGGAAUUGCCAUCCAUCCCGUUGAGAAUGUAGAUCCUCUUGAAAUGCCUGUAAAUGAGAUUCACGAGAGAAAUGUUGCUGAUUCUGAAGAAGACGGUGACGAUGAUCUGAUUCUACAGGAUCCGGAGCCGUUGACGGUUAAUAACGAUACAGCCAGACCAGCGUUCCAGCACAAAGCCUUUGAAACACUCCUACAACAUCCGCUCCCCGAAGGCAAAAACGCUUUAACUCUCCGUGUGCGGGCGCUACAAGUUAUACUAUGUGGCAGAUCCGGUACGGAGUGGGAAGUAAGCCCAGAGGUGUCAGCGGCUCUCCUUCGACGUUACGCCAAGGACUUGAUCCUUUACGGACAAGCCUUGAAGAACGAAGAAGGUCUGAUAGUUCAAAUGGAAGAGUUUCUCAGUGCAACUGUACUGCGCAAGGAGCGUUAUGGAUCGGAUAUCGUAUAUAUACCGUCAAUGAGCCUCUGGGCAAAAGCAGAAGUUCGUCAAUCGCUUACUCGCCUCUUUGAUCCACAUCCAUUUGGUGAUGAGACAACACGGCGUCUUGAUCGGGUUGGGCACAACCAUCGUUAUUGGUUUGGACUCCCAAGUAAUCAAGGAGCUCUGCAUGAAGACUUACAAGUCGCAGAGGAGGAAAGGCUCAGUGCGCAGCUUGUACCAACCAAAGCUCGUAUCUGGGAAUCUCCACUACAUGACAUUGGACAGUUGAGAAAUGCCCUCGAAAUCCCAGUUCCCACGGAUAACCAGGCUGUGCGUCUUCGUAUUGGUUGGAUGAUUCAUCUGCUAACUUGUCAACUCCCUCCUGAAACGGUCAACCAGGGUUCGUACGUUGAAGUACUGGACUACUUGAAGAUCUUACGGGCGGCGACAAAACUCGUUCUCAGCAUCCGCGAAGAAGCCUCUACCGUAAGGAUUGAGCUCUCGACCUGUAUGAGACAUAUGGCCACAUCAUCCGCGAGAGGUCACAAUUUGGUACUACCCACUUUUGGACUUUUCGUGAAGUAUGCGAUGGGGAAAUGGGAGUCGUGGCUGAAUGGUUGUUGGGAUCACGUCUACGAUGAGAUCACGCUCAGACACGUUGAGUCAUGCCCAUGCCACGUGGAUGAAGCAAUGUUCCGUUACGAAUAUUAA